AUGAAUAAAACUACAGCCACGUGCUGGACGCUGAUCCUGUUGGUGGCCAUCCUUUGCGAAAGUGUGACCUGCAAGGGAGGGAGAGGAGGAGCACGAGGUUCAGCGCGUGGCUCUGCUCGUGGGCGAUUCCGUGCUCCGCGAGUGCGGCCCAAGUACUCCAGCUGGAGCCGGUCCUAUGGCUCCAGGGCACGGGUGGCUGCUGCAGGAGCUGCAGCCGGCGUUGCGGCCGGAGUCAUGGCCGGGAGGCUGCAGAGAUCCAGGCUCACCUGGGACGAAGGCAUCCAGGGAUAUCUGGAGAUGAUGCACGGACCCAGCCCUCUGCAACUACAUUGGCUUAACUGA